CUGUGCCCACUUGUGUUUGCGCUCCAGUAGCGAGCAGCUUGUGGUGGUGUCGUGUGGAGUCCGGGGCCGUGCAUGUGCGAGUCUGCCUGCGGGGGGAUCGGGUUGGAGAUGCAGCAAGAGGGAGCAGUUUCGAGGAAGUGACGGACGCCGAGCGGGGACUGGCCAGAGGAAGUUUGCUCCAUGGUGGUGCCGUGCGCCUCAACGAAACUUUUCCCCGUUUUGGGCGCCAGCGACGCCGUGGAGCGGGCGGCCGGAUAGAUCAAGCGGCGGAGGGAGCUUUUUUUUCCAGAGGAAUCAUAACUUGAAAUUUGGAGGGAAAGUAGGGGUGUCGCGGAGGAAUUUCACAAGCAAACCCUGUCCUUCUCCUUCUCCUUCGGUUUUGAACGGAUCUAUAAUGGGGAAGGAGCAGGAGCUCCUCGAAGCGGCGCGCACGGGAAACCUGGCCGCGGUGGAGAAGCUUUUAUCCGGGAAACGAGCGUCGGCUGGCACCGGGAGCGGGUCGUACGGAACCGGUGGAAGUGGCAACAGCGGCGGCCACGCUGCCUCCUCGCAUCCGCUCUCCAGUCUGCUCAGCAUCUGGAGAGGUCCUAAUGUGAAUUGUGUGGACAGCACCGGAUACAGCCCACUCCAUCACGCUGCCUUAAAUGGACACAGUGAAGUGGUGGAAUUGCUCCUACGAAACGAGGCCUUGACCAACAUAGCUGACAACAAGGGCUGCUACCCUUUGCACCUGGCAGCAUGGAAGGGAGACGUAAACAUUGUCAGGUUGCUCAUCCACCAAGGACCCUCCCACCCCAAACUCAACGAACAGAGCUCUGUAGACCAUAAAGAGUUCAAACGCUGUGGGCCCUUUGACCCCUAUAUUAAUGCCAAGAACAACGACAAUGAGACACCCUUGCACUGUGCCGCCCAGUACGGACACUCGCAGGUAGUGCGGUUGCUGCUGGAAGAGCUGACGGACCCCACCAUGAGGAACAACAAAUUUGAGACUCCACUGGAUCUGGCUGCACUGUAUGGCCGGCUAGAAGUCGUCAAGCUGCUGCUCAGCGCCCACCCCAACCUGCUCAGUUGCAACACUAAGAAGCAUACACCGCUGCACCUGGCCUCCCGUAAUGGGCAUCUGUCUGUGGUGGAGGUGCUGCUUGAUGCUGGCAUGGACAUUAACUACGAGACGGAGAAAGGCAGUGCACUCCAUGAAGCAGCCCUGUUUGGAAAGACGGAUGUGGUGCAGAAACUUCUCAGUGCAGGCAUUGAUGUGAAUAUUUUGGACCAGAAGGGCUUGACAGCGCUGGACACUGUGAAAGACAUGCCCUCUCAGAAGAGCAGAGCGAUAGCAGCGUUCAUCCAAGGACUUAUGAGUGGAAAACCACCUGACAUCGACCUCCCCCUUCCACCAAUCCCCCCACCCCUGGAGAGUCCCAGCCCUCGAAACAAGGGCGAUCUGGAGAAAGUAAGCGAGUUGAUCUCUGGGCUGGCCCCGGGGCCUGAGGAGGAGAGUCCCUAUGAAGCUCUGUUUGAAGCUACCUCUUGCCAUUCUCUGGACAGCCUUACAAGUGGCAAAUCCUCAGACAGGGAUUCUGGACGGCCAGACAGUGAAGCAGGAAAGAAAGGCCAUUUACCACAUCCUGGCGCUGGUCUUGAAGAAGAGGUGAGCUCAGAGGCUUUAUUUACGAAUAACAGUAUUGAUGAGCGUGGAGAGACUGCUGAGGAGGAGGAGGAUCACACAUAUGAGUUGUUGCUGACUGCUCAAACUAAAGUCCCGCUGCCAAGCCUGGAGUCCCAGUUUCAUAAAGAUGAAAACAAAUGUAUCCAGUCAAACAACAGUGUCCUACCUCAGUGCAAAUCCAACACCCUAAAUAACCUUGGCACGCCAAACCUGACAAAAGAAACUCUGCAUCCCUCAGGAUGGGUGGGCCUGCAAGCAUUAGGAGAUAACUCGCAGCUCAGCCCAGAUCAGGGUAUCCCAGAGCAGUUUACUGGCCUUCUGCACGGAUCGUCCCCAGUGUUUGAUUGUCGCGAGGAGCCCUUCAGGAUUCCAGGUGUCGCGCCACCUGGUCAGACCCAACCGCAGUCGAGAGCCAAAGCGAAAGAGCAAGCAGUUUCAACACCACAUAGCCGUCCCAAUAUGGCUGCCAUCCUAACAGACUGUGAUCCAAAUGCCAUUUAUGCUACUGUGAAGAAGGACCCCAGGGACUUGGGGGCAGUAUCUGGUAGGAUGCGUCCUCCUGGGGACCUCAAACUGGCCCGCAGCCUCUCCAAGUCAGACUCAAAUUUGCUUGUGUCGCCUCCGAGUGAAGACGACGGAGGACUGGUGAACCGAAGUGAAUCUGUUUCCAACUGUAGCAGCGGGAAGAAAAGGCUUGAGAAAUCACCGUCAUUCACCUCAGAAUGGGACGAGCAGACACUGAUGCCUUCUCCCAGCACAAAACCACCAGGAUCUAAUUUCUGGGACAGAAUCGAGAAGAUCAUGACGCUGAUUGGUGCUGGCAUUGACUUUUCCAGAGAUCAGCAAUACACUACGCCAGCGUGCCGCUGUUACCGGCUGAAUGGUUUCUCGCUCCUGAAGCGUGUUCCACUGUCGACAGGUGCCUCUGUUCGAUUGCUGCAGCAGCCUGUUGGAGACUGGCUGGAGCUGGUGGGGUUGCCGCAGUACGAAAGCAAGCUGCUCCUCAACGGUUUUGAUGACCUUCACUACAUGGGGAGCAAUGUAAUGGAGGAGCAGGACUUGCGAGAGAUUGGGAUCAUAGACCCAGGCCACAGAAAGAAGAUCUUGCAUGCCGCACGUUCCCUACCCAAGGUGAAAGCACUGGGCUGCGAUGGCAGCAGUUCCCUCUCUUCCUGGCUGGAGAAUUUGGGCCUGAAUGAGUACCUCCAGAACUUCCUGGCCAGCGGUUACCGCUCUCUGGACUGUGUCAAGAACCUUUGGGAACUGGAGAUUGUCAAUGUCCUUAAGAUCACUCUGCUUGGUCACAGGAAGCGCAUUAUUGCAUCAUUAUCAGAGAGGCCUUAUGAAGAGCCUCCGAUCAAGCCACCUCGGUUGUCUCAGAUCAGGUGCCAAGACCUCCCAGCAUCACAUUCCUCAUUGUCACUUGGUCAGAUGGAAUCCGCCACAAGUCAAUCCAUGGAUCCGCUGCUUCCAGGCGGGGAAGCAGUGAGGAAGAAAGUGCCAGAUAAUGACUAUGACAUCACCCAAAGACAUCGCAAUGAACGCCGCAGAUCCCAUGAGCAGCAUGAGGAGCGCCACCGGGAAUCCCGUCUGAUUCUUCGGCCACCUAGUCUGGCAGCUCCAUAUGCUCCGGUCCAGAACUGGCAUCACCAGCCUGAGAAGCUCAUCUUUGAAUCCUGUGCUUAUGAAGCCAGUUACCUGGGUUCUAUGCUUAUCAAGGAGCUACGGGGCACUGAGUCCACCCAGGAUGCCUGUGCCAAAAUGCGGAGGUCAACAGAACAAAUGAGAAAAGUCCCGACGAUUGUCCUCUCCAUCACAUACAAGGGUGUGAAGUUCAUUGAUGCAGCCAACAAGAAUAUCAUCGCCGAGCAUGAGAUCCGUAACAUUUCAUGUGCAGCCCAGGACCCAGAAGACUUGUGCACAUUUGCCUACAUUACCAAGGACUUGCAGACGAACCACCAUUACUGUCACGUGUUCAGCACUGUGGACGUGAACCUCACCUAUGAGAUCAUACUGACACUCGGUCAAGCAUUUGAGGUGGCUUAUCAGCUGGCUCUCCAGGCCCAGAGGACCAAACAGCACCAGAACUUACCAAUAGGUCCUGCUUCGGAGCUCAUCGAGACUAAGUCCAGCCGACCUGUGCCCAAACCACGAGGCAGUGUUCGGAAGUCGGGGGGUGACCUUUUGGAACAGGAGGGAGAUUCCCAGUCACAAAGUGGCGCCACGUGGCUCGUGGACACCAAGGAACCCAAGCGUACAAUCAGCACUAAGCGACGUCCGCUCUGAGGCUUUUCACUCCUGACACCGAGCGUUUUCCCACAGCUGAGAGGCUGCACACAAUCCUGCACCUGGAUGCCAACUGGUCCUGCUAUUUGUCUGUGUCAUUGGGGCUUGUACUUGUAGCAGGAUCUUUCUGCUUUAUUGCCAGCAGUUAGUUAAGGUCCAAAGGAGGGAACCAUCCCAAAACACUGUGAUAUGGUCACUUAGCUUACAAAGUUAGCAUGGAAGCACUUUUAAAAACUCCCCAAGUGCAAGAUCAAGUGCGCCUUCUGCUUUUUUUUGGCCUUUUUUGAAAAUAUCACACUUGCUCAAAGAAGGGGGGUGCAUCACUCUGUUAAUGUUUGCGUAGUCAGUUUGCCUGUAUUUUAACUGUGUGUAUGUGUCAUCCUCCCUUUAGUUGAACAUACCCCCAGCCAGUUUAAAAGGACAACUAUGUUGCAUGAUGGGUAAGAUGUUUUGUGGUGGGAAAAAAGGAGCAUGGCCGACCUUCAGUCUGGAGAGCAGAAUUUGUUGGUCCGACCUCAUUGCCGACAUCACUUCAAUUUCACUUCCUGCCCAUCAGAGAUGUGUCAGUGUGCGGAGGGCAUACGCGACACAGGUGUCCAUCUUAAGCUUCUUAAUAAAGCGAGGGGAAAUUUGUGUGUGGGUAAGGGGGGGGGGGGGUGUUCAAGCAAGUAAGGCAUAAUUUAAUUGGUCCUUUAUCAUCUCAUCCUCAACAAUUGUAACUGUGAUUAGCAAUCUUGUACAGCGUGAUUCCUUAACUCAACCAAACAAAAUUUACUAGAAGUAACACUACAAAUACUGUUUUCUAGGUAUGUAACAGGGUGCAGCUUUGGCAUUUGAACUUGCAUCUAGUUUUAUUUGACAUUUGACCUAAUGCAGCAACUUGGUUUGUCUUCCUGUUCCUUUGUCUAAUGAAUCUAGUGAGAUUAUUAACCAAACCUGCAAUGCGGGACAGUAAUUCCUUGAGUUUGUUUGUUUGUUUGUUUUAAAGCUGCCAAGCAAAAACAAAAUAGGGGGCAGAAUUUUCUGCCAGAUUGUUGACUGUUAAUGGUACUUGCUAGUCAACUGAUGUAUGUCUACAUCAGUCAGGGCGUGUCGAUACAGUGCUCCACAUAAAUAAGUACGGCGAGGAAUUCAACCACGAGUGAGUGGAAUCCUCAUCAUAAAUUCUAGAAAUAGUUUUUUGUGUGUACUGAGAAAUGCAUUCAAAUCUUACUUUUCAAAGUGAAUGGUACUCAUUUAUGUUGAGCACUGUCCACCUGUUGUGGUUAUGCUGUGUUUGGUACAUUGUCAGACCAGUAGGGUAAAAUUUAUGGUACACUGUCUUUAACACGCCUGUGACGGCACCUUCGGCCAUCAGCAUGGUCCCAUUUUGCCUUUGCACAUCAAUGAGGAUCAGAAUGAAUAUUUUGGGACGAAUCUGAUGCGAAUGAUAUUGUACAUGAAACUAGUGGUCUUUAUUUUGAUACUUGAAUGAUUUUUGCUUUUAUAGAUCUCUAUACAGUAUAUAUGUGUAUGUAUGUAUGUAAUUUUUGACUUAUGUCAAAAGAGAUUAAAAGGACUAUGUCUUGUAAAGUUACACAUAUCGUGGUAAAUGCUCUGUGAUUAUCGAGGCUGAGCGAACACAAGCGGGACCUCAAUUCAGGAAAAAAAAAAGAUUGUACAUAAUCUUGGGCUUCCUGUUUUUUUAUGAUUAUUUUCAUAAUUGUACAAUUAAUAAAUUGCGCAGUUUGAGAGUU